AUGUCUGCUCCCCCGACCAUCAUCCCUCGUGAUAUUGCCCAAGCCUCCAGAGAUUGUCGCCAAAGUUUUACCCAGUGCCUCUCUAUCAGCGGCCUGAUGAGAGAAGAGUGGGCGGAGAACCGCCUGGCCGAUUUCAAUCUCUGGGCAGCAGGCGUCGGUGCUUCUGCACACCCUCUGGCUUCGUUGGAUAGGCGGCUCAUGUCACAGCCUGAAACCUACGAGAUUGUACUUGGCCUCUUGACGAUGCUCCGCGUCAUGGUAGAUCGUUGUGUCGAGUCUUGUCCGCCGGCCCCCUCCCCCAGCUGUCCACCUGAAAAACUGACCCGUAUAGGCACCCAUGACCACAGUGAAAGUAGGGUUGCCAGCAGCAGCGUCAUCUCAUCAUCCUCUGAACAACCGUCUUCAGAGAGCCCAAUCAGCCUGACGCAUGCUAUGGCAAAUGUCGAUGCGCUGCUGGAUCAGUUGAUUAGUGUCGGAUUUGCCAUCAGAAAAUUUGGCACAAGCGCUAGACUGCAAAAAGCAGACCAGUCCUUCGCCCCAGAAGACUAUGGGGACUUAAGACAGCAUUUGUCUUUGAAAUUGCUUGUUGAGCAAGUUAAGAGGCAGCAGAAAAACCUUGUCACCGGUGAGGUCAAGGAUGCCAACCUGAGGAGAUUUAUCCAGACACUUAUCAUCGUUGAUGACACGCUUGACGAGCAACAACGAGGAUCUAUCGACUGGGAGGGGCUGAAUCUCCCUUUGCUAACAGCUCAGCUGUCGAGUGAACAACAACACCUUAUCAAUGCAAACCUCAGACGACGGCAUCGUUUUGUCUCUGCACGUAAACAUGGGGAAAAGCUAGCGCAAGGGGUCGAACUCUACCCGGUAGAAGAGGACCCAGCACAGCCUCAUCGCCCAGAUAGACCCAAAAAUACGAGAAGGGCAGAUGUCACAGGGAGUCGACCUCGGGACCCUCGGUCCAUGUCGGCCACUUCAGCCUCUGCAGGGGCCGUCCCGCAGGGGGCCCUCCAGGCUCUUCCACAAGGCCCAGCGGCAACUGUAGUCUCGACGACAACUCAAAAGCUAGCGCUAGACUAUCCUCAGCCGCCUCGUGUGGUUGCCUCAAAGGGUGCAAAGGGCUUUACUUGUCCAUGCUGUCUCCAAACGUUGCCCAUAGAUCUAGCAGAACGCAAUCAAUGGAGGAAACAUAUCUCAGAGGAUUUGGCACCGUACACUUGUCCAUUUUUACUAUGUCCAAGCCCGUUGAUGCUAUACAAGACAAAGGACGCAUGGAAAUCUCACCUAUUCGAAGACCAUUUCACAGCCGAAUAUUGGGAUUGUAUUGCGUGCAACAAAAGUGGCAAACCGCUUUGCAGAUUUGAUACCCUCGAGCAAUUUGACCUACACACCUCCACAGAGCACGGAGAUGUCAUUACUUCUCCUCAAUUGGCCACCCUUCGCAGGCUUAGCCAUCACAAGUCGCCCCCAAUACUUGAAGCCUGCCCGUUAUGCUAUUUUCGGCCAGCAGAUGUGGACGGUAAAGCGGGAGCCAACGAUCUUCUUGACCAUAUCAGUGAUCACAUUCACAACUUCUCUUUGGAAUCACUUCCUUGGGCACAGGAUGGGUCUCGUGCCAUACGAGACAGCCCUGAAGUAGACGCCUGGCUACAAGAAAUCGCCGAGGUGAUUACCACCGAUGAUGGCGAAGAGAUACACAUCCCAACCCCCCAUGACAACCACGUCGGUUGGCUAGAAACCUUGAGGGCUAGUGCAGAAACCAACGCGGAAUUUGAAGAGAUCUUCGACAGAAAUGGAUACUUUAAUGAAGCUGGAUCUCAGAAGACAUCGAAUGCCCAGCUCGAUUCAGAUGCAUCGAUUGCAGAAAGCAAUACCACCUCUGCAGAUUGGGAGGGCGAACAGGAGCCUUCUGGCUCUAGUCAUGAACCUGGCUCUAGUCUGGAACUCGAUGAGGAGGAAGUAGGCCGUCUGCGCCCCCGUCUAGCAAGACUUGUCGCUUGGGUGGCAAGAGAUAAAAACUUCAGGCAUAUAUCGCACGAUAUAAUCUAUGUGGUAGAAGAAGAGAAGAGCAACAUGUUACUCAGCACAGUCCGCCGCCAACCAGACGCUUCCACAUUCGUUUUCACGCGGGAAUCUGAGCGUGCAGAAGAGAUAUCGGUAUUUCUUUCGGCUCAUGGUCAUCCUGCACGGACGUUUUCCGGUAGUAGACAUCCAGCUGUUGAGAGCCACCGGCUUGUGGUUGUCUCUGACGGAUCGGACGGGAAUGCCCCGUUACUGUCUCAAGCUGAGUGUGUGAUCAGUUAUGACUGUCCCACCAGCAUCAGACAGUAUAUUUACCGUGCUGGCCAGGUUGACCCAACGUCGAAUAUGAAACUAGCAACCACUUUCUUCAAUGAUUAUGACUCCCAAAUUGCAUCUGAACUGGUCAGAAUACUCGAGCAAGCAGGCCAAAGGAUACCAGCAUUCUUAGAGGCUGCUUCUCGAUCGUUUUUCGUUGCUGGAAGAGUGAUCUCGGUCAUUCAUCAUUCUAGCAUGGGAGCUCUUUCCAUACCAUCAGGCCCGUAUGGCGCUAUUCAAAGUAGUCCACGACGUAUGAUCAUCGUUCAACCUCGUCAAGGCUACUCUGUGUGUGUCCCGAUCAGUAGCCACGAUGAGAGAGGGAUCGGCAACAAGAAGCUUACUCAGACGGAACAGCAAGCUCACGCCAUUGUCUAUACAGAAGGGUCAGAAGUCCCAACUCCCGUGGACGGCGAGCCCAAGUUCGAAAAACAACCAAUUGCUGUUCGCUUGCAGGGAGGCCAAACACUAAGCAAAUUCAGCCGUAUUCAUUUCGGGAAAUACCAUACAGUCGAACACAACAUCAAAGUUAUGGAUGUUGGCCGUGUAUCCGACGAAUCGAUGCCCGACUUUGAGGCAUAUUGCAGACAGGAGCUUCUUCGUCCGGAGCCUAAUGUGCAAGUCGACGAGACAUGA